AUGCGAUUUACAAAAUGGAAUUUUGUGAUGUUAGUUCUUGGUAAUCUAAUCUAUAUGGCUGAUUUAAUAGUGGAUAUCUGGGUGUCUGUAAAUUUUUUCUAUGAAGGACAGCAUAUUUUUGGUAUUUUAGCAGUGAGCUUUGUGCUCAUUGCAGCAGGGGUGGUCCAGUGUUUUAGUUUUAUGUGGUACAAGGAAGAUUUUCAGAAAACAGGUCAGAAAAGGCUGAGUUGUAGUCUUCUAAUUCAUUGCUUUCAGGGAGGAAUUUUUACAAGGUAUUGGUUUGCUUUGAGAAAGGGAUACUGUUCGGCUUUCCAAUGCGGCAGCUCAGAUGACCCCUCUAGUGUGCCUACCUUGAGACAAGACCCCACAAACUUCUCCACUCCCAGUAGAGAAGAACCAACUGACUUACACCAAAAAGUAAUAAAUGAAGCGGCUGACUUGAGUAUGCUCAGGCUAUUUGAAACAUACCUGGAGGCCUCCCCACAGCUCAUGAUUCAGCUCUAUGUCCUGAUGGAAUUUGGUCCAGCUGGCUUCACUCAGGUUGCUGCUAUUGUGAUCUCUUGCUGUUCUAUUUCCUGGUCAACCGUUGAUUAUCACAUCACCCUAAGAAAAUCUUUACCUGAUAAAAAACUCCUCAGUGGAGCACGCCCCAGAUUAAUGUACCUCCUCUAUAAGCUAUUAACAUUUGUAUCUUGGGUACUCAGUGUCUCUCUUUUAACUGUGCUAAAUGUUAAUUUGGGCUUAAUUCUGCUAUUUAUCUUUUGGUUGUCAGGCAUAACAUGGGCUUGUAAACAGCAAACUACAUUUUGUACCUCCAAAGGUAUGGAAAUUUUAUAUAGAGUAGUUGUUGGAUUCAUUCUGAUUUUUACUUUUUUUAACGUUAAAGGAGAAAAUACAAAAUUCCCUAUGUCUGCUUAUUAUAUCAUGAGGCUGCUGGUCACAUUGGGGAUCUUGGCUGUGUUUUGGUUCUGCACGCCACCUGAUGAACAUCAAGACUUCUUCAGAGCUGUCACCCUCAUCAUAGUUGGGGCUCUUCUACUUGGAAUUCUUUUUCUUAUUGUUUAUUACACUUCAUUUCACCCCAACAGAAGUGAAGAAAAGAAAAUAUUUGAUGAAUUAGAUGGAAGGACACCUCCAAGAGCCUGUAGAAUAAGACAUUUCCUAAUGCAGUGAUUAUAUUCAGUUAUCCAUUUCUGGGAUGUGUUUGAAUAGUUUGUAUUUCAGGGUUUUCAGGAGUUCCCAGGGAGAGGAAUUAACCAUGCUUUGUUUCACUUUGAAAGUUAUGAGGAAGUAAUAGUAAUGUCCUAGUAUAAACAGUACUUAGGAGGGGCUUAUCACCAGGAAGUAUGAAACAACUUAAUUGUCUAUCCAAGGCCUAGUCAUCAUCAGGUACCUACUGCUUGGUCAACCCUGUUGGUCUUAUCCUGGAAGGACUUUCCAACAGAAGUGUUUACAGAAACUGGCACAUUAUCUUUAGAAUUGUUUACUAUAAGAAUUUGCAUUUCAUAGUAAAUGAAGCUAAUAAAUG